UCGCCGUGGUAACCGCGGCGACGGAAAGGCGCUGAAUCACCGGCGCGCGCUUCCACGAUCCUGCAGAAGCUGCCGCGGGCGGUGGGCGGGGAUCCCCAGGGUGCAACCUGGCUCCACCUGCGCCGCCCCCGGCGGACCUGGCUGGCUUGCGUGGAGCCGCGGCGGCGAUCGCUGUUACUGCCGGAGGUGAGAGCGCAGCAGUAGCUUCAUCCUGUCUUGGGCUUGGUCCAGAGUCGCUCCUCUGGGGCCGAGUCCCGGGGAAGAGAAAGCGAAGGUUUUGCUGGGGUGGAGCUGUACCUGUAACAGCAGGUGCGCCCGCGAGAGUGUGAACCUGUGUGUGUGUGUAAGACCUGCGAUGAAGACGAGGAGGAACAAGUGGGACGGCGAGUGAUGCUCAGGGCCAGCAGCACCAAAUGGGGCGAGCUUCAGUGUCGCCAGCAGUGACCCCAGGUACAGCGUCUACUUUCCAGCCUGGCUGGCCGAGAAAUAGGAAAGGAGGGCAGCCAGUAGGCAGGUUAUACCCAAUAAAAAUAGAAUCGAGACACCCUGAGUUCAGAAGUUCUUGAGGCCAAAUCUGGUUCCUGAAAAACAUCAAAGAAAGCGUGCAGCAAACGCUCUUCAGGGCUGCUUCAGAAGCCGGCAUCCCCCACCGUGCGGUGCAGAAUGGCGGCCCCUACAGGUGUGCUCUCCUCAUUGCUGCUGCUGCUGACAAUUGCAGGUUGUGCAUGUAAGCAGUGCAGUGAGGGGAGGACGUACUCCAAUGCAGUCAUUUCACCGAACCUGGAAGCCGCCAGGAUCAUGCGGGUGUCUCACACCUUCCCUGUGGUAGACUGCACGGCCGCGUGCUGUGACCUGCCCAGCUGUGACCUGGCCUGGUGGUUGGAGGGCCGCUGCUACCUGGUGAGCUGCCCCCACAAGGAGAACUGUGAGCCCAAGAAGAUGGGCCUGAUCAGGUCUUAUCUCACGUUUGUGCUCAGGCCUGUUCAGAGGCCUGCAAAGCUGCUGGACUAUGGGGACAUGAUGCUGAACAGGGGCUCCCCCUCGGGGACCUGGGGGGACUCACCGGAGGAUAUCAGAAGGGACUUGCCCUUUCUAGGCAAAGAUCGGGGCAUAGAGGAGAUGUCUGAGUACUCAGCUGACUACCGCGAGCUGGAGAAGGACCUCUUGCAACCCAGUGGCAAGCAGGAGCCCAGGGCGGGUGCUGAGUACCCGGACUGGGGCCUGCUGCCGGGCAGCGAUGGGGGCUUCAACUCCUCUGCUGGAGAUAGCCCCGCGGCGCCAGCGGAGAAGCAGCAGGAACCUCAGCUCCAUCACCUGAAUGAGUCUGCUUCAACCCAUGCCCCAAAACUCCCUGAGAGAAGUGUGCUGCUUCCCUUGGCGACCACUCCGUCUUCAGGAGAGGUGCUGGAGAAAGAAAAGGCUUCUCAGCUCCAGGGGCAAUCCAGCAGCAGCUCUGGAAAAGAGGUUCUAAUGCCUUCCCAUAGUCCUCCUCCAGCAAGCCUGGAGCUCAGCCCAGCCACCGUGGAGAAAAGCCCAGUGCUCACAGUCACCGCGGGGAGUACGGAGCACAGCUUCCCAACACCUCCCACUAGCACAGCCCUUUCUGGGUCCACCCCAUCUGAACGACCCAUAUCUCCUACCACUGCUCCCAGGACAGUGAAAGAACUUACGGUAUCGGCUGGAGAUAACUUAAUAAUAACUUUUCCCGACAAUCAAGUUGAACUGAAGGCCUUUGUCGCGCCAGCGCCACCUGCAGAAACAACCUACAACUAUGAAUGGAGUUUAAUAAGCCACCCCAUAGACUACCGAGGUGAAAUAAAACAAGGACGCAUGCAAACUCUUACCCUCUCUCAAUUGUCUGUCGGACUUUAUGUCUUCAAAGUCGCUGUUUCUAAUGAAAAUGCCUUUGGAGAAGCAUUUGUCAAUGUCACUGUUAAGCCCGCCAGAAGAGUCAACUUGCCACCUGUAGCUGUUGUUUCUCCCCAAAUGCAAGAGCUCACUCUGCCUUUGACGUCCGCCCUCAUUGACGGCAGCCAAAGUACAGAUGACACUGAAAUAGUGAGUUAUCACUGGGAAGAAAUUAGCGGGCCCCUUAUAGAAGAGAGGACUUCCGUUGACUCCCCCGUCUUACGCUUGUCUCACCUGGAUCCUGGUAACUACAGUUUCAGGUUGACAGUUACAGACUCAGAUGGAACCACUAAUGCCACAACUGCAGCCCUAAUUGUCAACAGUGCUGUGGACUUCCCACCAGUUGCUAAUGCAGGACCAAAUCACACCAUAACUUUGCCUCAAAACUCCAUCACUUUGAACGGAAACCAGAGCAGUGACGACCACCAGAUUGUUUUCUAUGAGUGGUCGCUGGGUCCUGGGAGCGAGGGCAAGCAUGUGGCUAUGCAGGCAAUACAGACGCCGUUCCUUCAUUUGUCUGCAAUGCAGGAAGGAGAUUAUACAUUUCGGCUGAUGGUGACAGAUUCUUCAAGGCAACAGUCUACUGCUGUGGUGACUGUGAUCGUCUUGCCUGAAAACAACAGACCUCCGGUGGCUGUGGCUGGCCCUGAUAAAGAGCUGAUCUUCCCAGUGCAAAGUGCCACCCUGGAUGGGAGCCGCAGCAGCGAUGACCACGGCAUCGUCUUCUACCGCUGGGAGCACGUCAGAGGCCCCAGUGCAGUGGAGAUGGAAAAUACUGACAAAGCGGUAGCCACCGUGACCGGUCUCCAGGUGGGGACCUACCACUUCCGCCUGACAGUGAAAGACCGGCAGGGACUGAGCAGCACGUCCGCGCUCACCGUGGCCGUGAAGAAGGAAACUAAUAGUCCUCCCAGAGCCCGGGCUGGUGGAAGACAUAUUCUUGUGCUUCCCAAUAACUCCAUUACUUUGGAUGGUUCAGAGUCUACUGAUGACCAGGGAGUUGUGUCCUAUCUGUGGAUCCGGGAUGCCCAGAGUCCAGCCGCUGGAGAUGUCAUUGAUGGCUCUGACCACAGCACGGCGCUGCAGCUUACGAAUCUGGUGGAGGGCGUGUACGCUUUCCACCUGCGAGUCACUGACAGUCAGGGGGCCUGGGACACGGACACUGCCACUGUGGAAGUGCAGCCAGACCCUAGGAAGAGUGGCCUGGUGGAGCUGACCCUGCAGGUUGGUGCCGGGCAGCUGACUGAGCAGCGGAAGGACACGCUCGUGAGGCAGCUGGCUGUGCUGCUCAACGUGCUGGACUCGGACAUCAAGGUCCAGAAGAUUCGGGCCCACUCGGAUCUCAGCACCGUGAUUGUGUUUUACGUACAGAGCGGGCCACCUUUCAAGGUUCUCAAAGCUGCUGAAGUGGCCCGAAGUCUGCACAUGCGGCUCUCAAAGGAGAAGGCUGACUUCUUGCUUUUCAAGGUCCUGAGGAUUGAUACAGCAGGUUGCCUUCUGAAGUGUUCUGGCCAUGGCCACUGUGACCCCCUCACAAAGCGCUGCAUUUGCUCUCAGUUGUGGAUGGAGAACCUUAUACAGCGUUAUAUCCGGGACGGAGAGAGCAACUGUGAGUGGAGCAUAUUCUCUGUGACCGUGCUGGCUUUUACUCUCACCGUGCUAACGGGAGGCUUCGCUUGGCUUUGCAUCUGCUACUGCAAGAGACAAAAAAGGACGAAAAUCAGGAAGAAAACAAAGUACACCAUCCUGGAUAACAUGGAUGAACAGGAAAGGAUGGAACUGAGGCCCAAAUAUGGUGUCAAGCACCGAAGCACAGAGCACAACUCCAGCCUGAUGGUAUCCGAGUCUGAGUUUGACAGUGACCAGGACACAAUCUUCAGCCGAGAAAAGAUGGAGAGAAGGAAUCCAAAGGCUUCCAUGACCGGUUCCAUCAGAAACGGAGCUUCCUCCAGUUCCUGCUCGAAGGACAGAUAAUGGAGCAGUCCGUUGUAAAGCGGAAGGACCCCACAGGAAUCCUCGAAUCCAGGACCAGUCACGUGAGUGACGGCACAGAACCCACUCUUCUCGAAUAGUUCAUUGACAUCCUUUUACAGCGGGCGAGGUGUGUAUCUCCACGUAUUCGAAGACCGGUUUUUGAGGCACAAAAGGUUGGUCUUUUAACUGGGCUGCUUGUUAAUGGAGAUAACGCCUGGGUAAAACUCUAAGGUAUAUACUUAAAAGAGUUCUGUGUUUUUGUAGCUGGCACAAUAUCAUAUUGCUCAUGUUAAAGAUGAACAACUCUAUAGAACCUUAGAGAAGCUCAAUUAAGGAUUUACAGAGGGAUGAUUUCUCUUAGCAGCUGUGACUGCCUCUAAGGAACAGCAUUCUAAACAGGGUUUCUCUUGUAAAACCUGUAGUCAGGCGGCGGUUAAAAGAGCUUCCCUAAGAGGCAUGGGUUGCCUUCUUGGAGGUGCGGAGACUCUGGCGUGCAGCAAGCUUUCUGCUGACAACACUCACAGCAAAGCCCUCCUGGUUUUUUAUUCUGUGCUGUGUCAAUGGCAGUUUCCGCCUCUCUCGAGAAAGCAGCUGUUGGCAAUUGAAGAGCUAAGGAAGAAUUGUAUUCUCAGGACUGAGGCCAAGGGAAGGGGAGGAAGAGCUUCAUGCCGUGUAGGUUGAAGGUAGCAUUUUAACAUUAUCUUUUCUUCCUCUAAGAAAAACGACACUGAAGCCUCUCGGUGUUGUUUAGUAGGGUAAUACUCUAAUGUAAACCGAGCCCAAGUUGACAUUAAAUGCAGUAGAAGUGAUUAAUUCAUUAAGUAUUUAUUAUGUUGUGUAGGCUUUGCAUUUGGACUGCCAUAGAUAGGGUUAACAACUCAGCAAUUGUGUAUAUAUUCCAAAACUGAAAUACGGUCAGUCUUAGCUUGGAUGGCGUGGUUACGAUACUCUGGUCCCCGACACCCCACAGGUACUUUCCAAAAGAAUUGGACAUAGAUGUAUUCACUUCAUAUGUUUAAAAGUACAUUUAAGGCCGGGCGUGGUGGCUCACGCCUGUAAUCCAAGCACUUUGGAGGCCACGGCGGGCGGAUCACCUGAGGUCGGGAGUUCAAGACCAGCCUGACCAACAUGGCGAAACCCCGUCUUAAAAAUAAAUAAAUAAAUAAAUUUAAGUUCACUCCAGCCUGGGCCACAAGAGUGAAACUCCAUAUCAGAAAUAUAUAUGUUUAAGUUUUUCUACUGAAUAAAUCUUAUUUCAAACAUGAAAGAAAAUUAAAACAUUCCCACCCACAGAGCAGGACUCCGGAGCAAUUAACUGGAGUUAAUUACAGUCUGCUGAGUUGACUGGUUCGGGGUAGUUCCCCAUCCACCCUUGGCCCUGAGGCUGGUGGCUUUGGUGGUGCCUUUGGGUGUGCCUUUGGCAUUCUUUGUGGGAAGAUCAGAAUGAGAGAUGGAACCAGUGUUGUGACCACACCUGAGUAAUACCCUGUUGCACAUGCUUUUGUAACAGGUGGGAAAACUGGGAUUGCAUUGCUGAUUAAUAAGCAAGGUAUUUAAAGGACAGGGCAGGAGGGCCAGAGAAAGUGUUUCUCCAUGGGCUCUUAAAAAAACUCAGCUUGUAGGUACUUUUGCCAUCUUCAGGAGUAUUCAUCCUCAUGGGACCUUCUUACUUUUACUUACUGUAAUUUACUGGGAAAAGGUAGAACCAAAAAGUGUGUCGUUUUAUUUUUAAAAUAAUUCUUUUGCUUGUGCCUACACCUUCUGUAUAACUAGCCAAUCCAAUACUGUCUAUAGUGUUAGAAGGAAAAUGUGAUGCUUUUUUUUUUUUUAAACCAGUAUUGAGCUUCAUAAGCCUAGAAUCUGCCCUAACAAGUGACCAGGGGUAUGGUUUUUUUGCAUGCAAAUGGGAAUUUCUGGCAUAGAGGACAGCAGCCCAAAUGUGAAGUCAUCAGGCAUAUGCUGAAGAAGGGAGUGGACACUUACCGCUUCACCUACAUAACGUGCAUUUGACAUCCUCAGUUGAUCCUUAGGACCAGCCUUGAGAGGAGACACUAUUCUGAUGUUGCAGACAGCCCUCUGAAGGCCCAGAGAGGCUAAGUAGCUUGCCAGGGGUCAGGGCCAAGAAGCAGGGGAUCUAAGAACUGAAUGCAAAUGUUUUAAACUGUGAAUUCUGCUUUCCAGUACACACAGAACUCCUGCCUUGAUGGAUGGAGGGCAAAUUCUGGUGGAACUUUCAGGCCACUUGAAAGUUCUGUUCCCAGGACUAAGAGGAGUUCCUUUUAAUAGGCGCAGAGAGCCCAGGACGGAGGGAGAGAUGGCCUGCCUAGUCUCCCAUGCAUCACACCAGGCCACCCCUCCCUGGAGCGUUGCUGUGUACUUCUGCCCUCCUCCUUCUCUGUCCUUGGCCAUCUGAGCCUGGCCUCUGAUCCUUCCAUCACAGGAAGGAUCUUGAAUCUAUGGGAAAUCAAGCAUCACAGUAGUGAUCAGAGAGUGGGUCCUGUCUUGUUACCCCAUUUCUCAGCAGAACAGAGCACGAGAUGGAAUGACCAGCCAGCAUUCUUCAUCGUGGACUGGUAGUCACUUAUCAUUGAGGGUCUUUGGAAGAUAAAGCACCCGAAGAGCUUUGGACAGUGAAAAACAGGCCCUAGGAUAAGGGAGUGGGUAUUUGUAGGGCUCACAGACUGACAAGCAUUUUAGUUGCUGGUUUAUAUUCUAUGAAGGAGGAUUCAAACCAUGGCAUGACAAGGCUAAGCAUGUGUAUGACUAAAGGACUAUCUGAGAACCGUGCAGUGAGGUGAGAAAAUGUACCCCUUAAUAAGCUAUGUGCAUGCCACCCUUUGUGCACGGGAUAGGAGCGUGACUGCCAUUUUUUGUGUGUGACAAAGCUAUUAUGGACUGUUUUAAUCUUGGUUUUAUUUCUUAAAAUGUAUUAUUUUCCCCUAUGUGUUGACAAGGUGUCAUUUCCAAUAUAACACUAUUAAAUAUACGCACUAGUGUAAA